AAAACUAAGCAUUUUUGUUGUUUUAAUUUAAACUUUUUUUUUCUGUUUAAAAUUUUUGUGGUUUUUGUGUUCUUUUUUUUCUGAACAAAAAAUUUCGACCAAAAUUGCAAAUAUUCAAAAAAUAAAAUGGAAAAAAAUAAAGAAUUUGAUUUGAUAAGAAGAAAAGAAGCAAGUGCACCAAAUCUGACCCCAGUCGAGCACUUUGAAGGGCCCGAUUUUAUUUGUUGUUCUGAAAUUUUCAAAAAACCAAAACCUAAGCUUUGUGAAGGCUUACCAAAGUUCCCACAACCAGAUCGUAAAUUUCAUUGUCUCAGCAAGACUAGACCAAUUUCGAAACCAUGCCAAUUAACACGAGAAAUCAAUGAACGUGAUAUACUUUUUCGACCUAUUCGAUGGCGCUGUAACACUCACAAAAAGCGAAACAAAAAGAUUCCUGAACCGUCUCUGGGUGCUCCGAUCGGCUUGUCGAAAUCGUCCUUCGGAAUGAAGUUUCUCGAGGGCAAAACAGCAGACCAAACACUACAAGGAUUUGCUACCAAUCUCGUAGCAUUUGCUGAAUAUUUCAUUACACCUGAGAUUGAAUGGGAUGAAAAAGUACUCAAUAGGAUCCUUCUUGAAGGUCAACAUCUCUACACUGAUUCUAAAACCAAGCUGCAUGAUGGAGAGAAACUUAAAGAAUCUUCAAUUAAGCGUUCAUUUAGCCUUUGUGGGAAUGCUUUUGAUUUAUAUCUAAAUGAGCCAUUUAUGAUGGGUCAAGUAAUUGGACAGGAAGCUGCCGUUCCAAAUCUUCAUUGGGGUCUUUUAAAAUUUUUCAAAAAGUUUCAAUUUUGUCUUCUGCAAAUCGAAAACUGGUACACGUUGUUAUGGAGAAAUGCAGAUGUUUAUUUUUUCUUUGAUUGCUUUGGACGGAGAUAUUUGGAUCUUCAAAUUGAUCGCAAACAUGGGGUAGCAGUUUUGAUCUGCCUACGUCAUAUCGAAAAUAUAAGCCAUUUAAUUUUGAAUUUGAGUAGGGUAAGUCCUGAAGACUUCUUUAUUCUUAGAAACAUACAAGUUAGAUCAUUAGUUCCAUGUGGUGGUGAGCCAACUCCUGACAUUGUGGAUAGAUCAAUAGAAUUUGAGAUUAUAAGUCCCGACUAUGCAAUUUUAAGAGCCACUAUUCACUUGGGAUCGAUUUGCUUCAAGGAAAUCAGAUUGCGGCACUCACUUCCGGUGGCUUUUUGUGCAUUGAUCAAUGCCAAAAUCGAUACAACUCCGACUUGGAAUAGAGCGGUUUUGGAUAAAAUCAUAAAACUUGGAGCAGAUUUAUACAAACAAUGGACUCACUGUGAUGUCAGCAUUGAUCUGGGCAUUCAUGAUGUCCCAAAUAGAUUUGAAUUUGGACAAUUUUUGAUUGAAAUAGUUAUCAAUGCGAUGGCUGAAUGUGAUACCUGGAAAUGUACUCCAAACUAUCGAAACAGUAAACUUAGUCAAUGUUUGAAGAAUGCAUUUAAAAAUGGCUCAAAUCUUCUUGUCCAAAUUCAAGGCAGAACUUUUGCCAUUUGGAAGAAGGGAGAUUAUUUCUAUAUUCUUGAUCCAUACUCCCAUCAGUGUUGUUUGGAAAAUAAGAAAAGAAAUACUGCUACAUUGCAUAUGUGCGGAUCUUUCGACAAAAUGUGUUGCAUCUUCACUCAAGCCCUUUUGGAACUGUUUGAGGAAUCAAAGUUUAUUAUUCAUUUGGUAAAAAUUACUAGGGUUGAAGAAUUGGAUAAGAUCAAGACGAAUCAAGAUCGAUUACAAAUUUCUUGUAUGUCUGCAGUUACACCAAGGAUAGAUGGCGCUCAGGAGGUAAUAUCUCUGAACGAAUCGGUGAUCGGCGGAGAUGGAUAUGUUUGCCAAGCUGAGGAAGAGCCAUUGGAAUCCGAUUCGGCAGAUUUAGACUCUCCUGGGUUGUCCCAAACACGCUUAGACUGCACGGAUAUGAGGAGAGACGAGGAAUCAGAUGAAGAAACUGAAGAUGAAGAAGAUGAUGACACGGAUCUAGACUCGGGGAGUGAUCUUGCAUCUGAGAGGUCAGAUGAAAGUGAUGAUGAAGGUGCAUCAAGACAAGUAGCUAAAGAGAAAAAGACCAAGAAGAAGGCCAAGAAGUCAACAAAGGAAGAUUCUGAGAAGAAAAACAGAAAAGAAAAGGCUGAAAGUGAUCUAUCUGAUGCUGAAACGAGGAAAAGGACAAAGAAAAAGAAAGAUGAUAAGAAGAAAGAGGGAAAGAAAAGCAAAGAUGACCCCAAAAAGACUUUAUUCGCGGCUGAAGAAAGAAUGAAACCAGACAAUAAAGAUACCAAGGAAGAUAAAUCCAAAAAGGAAAAGACAAAUAAAGCUGAAAUUGAAAAGAAGGAUAAAGAAAAGAAAACAGAUAAUACAAAACCAAAGGAAAUAGAAAAACCUAGCGAGGAACCUGUAAAGGAAAAAAUACCCGUUGAAGAAAGUGUGAUGACCAACCAAAUUGAGUUACCGAUUGAGGCUGAAAAAACAAUUGAAGAGACAAUCAACAAUGAAGUAACCCAAGAAGAAAGAAACGAAAUUCCAGAGGCUGAACCAGAACCAGUAGAUCAAGACAGCCCUAAUGAUCAACGAAGGUCCAAGGGUGAUACCCCUAUUGAACGGGGUUCCACAGAAGUACCAAAGACAAGCACUGCACCAUCAAGACGUCAGAGACACCAACGUCGUAAGCAACAAGAUGGUGAAGAUUCUUCGUCAUCAGAUGAUAUUCCGCGAAAUCGGAUUCCGGUUGGAUGCAUUCCCAAUAGUUAUCCUGGUUACACUGAAGAUCCACAAAAUCUGGCCGUUAUUGGAUCAGAAAGUGGUAGCUAUGAGAGUUUGUGCAAUCUUCUCAAGUCUGGGUUCCGUUGUGCUGAUCGUAUCCUGACUAUGACACCAUGGGGCAACUAUGUAGCAUUUCGUUCGAAUAGAACUUAUUUCGUUUUUGAUGGAUGCACCUGUAAUUUACGUUCGAUUCGACACAUGGAUCUGAGUGUUGGAACAGCUGGACUUUUAUGUUUUCGUGACAUGCAUUCGUUGAUCAAUUAUAUUGAGGGUGGCAGAGGAGUAAGGAAGCCGACGACAUUCUCGAAAAGAGAUAUUGUCGAUCAAAUUUGUAGCAAAUAUUGUAGUCGUUGAAUUGAAAGUUCUUGAGAUAUCUUUUUUUUGUCAGAAGUAAAAUUAAUGAUUAGAUCAAAUAACGAGAAUAAAAAAACUAUCAGAAUAA